AUGCAUAAAAUUGACUGUCCACUUUCAGUGUCCGCAGUCAAAUAUCUGAAAGAACGGCGGAUACGACAAUGUAAGGAACGAUUGGAUCGUCUCCUGAACAAGGAGGAUGAUUUGUUAUCGAUUUCCGGAACAACCGCUAAUAACACUCGAAAUGACAAAGAAACAUUCUCAACGCCUACAACACUUACUACUACUGCAUUGAUAGAAUUACAGCCAAGCAAUGAAAAUACGGGUCGCUAUAUGGCAAUAGAGAAUGACAAUUCAAGCACAUCGUCAUCAGACGAAAUACUUUUAUGA